UAACGGAAAUUAAUAAGUCUUCCGUGAAAUAUGACGGAAGCAUAUAAGUUUUUCACUAAUUAUUCAUCUGCCUUCGAAGAAAUAUAACGGGAAAAAUACGCUUUCCACGGACUAUAACGAAAACAAAUUCGCUUUCCACGAAAUUUAACGAAAACAUAUAUGCCUUCCAUCCACGAAUUAUAACGACAUCAGUUUAAACAUUGAAACGGAAAUUAACAUAUUUCAGCAGAGACAGCUGAUUAAAAUUCAUUAAGAGUUGAUGUUUAGAAAUAAAUUAGUGCAUUAUUGGAGUGCCAGUUGAGUAUUAUGGUGUCACGAAGCGGAAAUUUGAUUCAGUGAAACUUGACACAAUGAUUAAAUAAAUGUGAUUACAGCUUGUAAAUUUAAACAUUUCGGACAUAUUACCUUUCGAUUCGUCGAAAAACAUAAAGAUUUUUUAAGAAAAGCAUGUGAUUGAAUAAGAGCAAAAACUGGAAGAAAAUGGAUUUUUCCUUAAUGAUGAUUGCAGUUGCAGUUUACGCCAAUCUUCAACACUCAACAAUUUCGGCAUCGAGUUCACAUCUUCAUCCAUUGAUAUAUGCGGACAAAAAUGUUAUGAAUUUCGUAGCGGCUAAGAUUGAAAAGCUGCCUCCAUUUUCCAGGAAUGCGAGAUCACUUUCAUCGUUCGAUGAAACAAUUUCGAGGGAAGAAGAUAUAUUUAAUGAUAAUUUCCAGAAGUCAUCCAAGGAGUUUGAUCAAACUCGUGAUGUAAUUUUACCCUCAAAAUCAAAAGUUGAACCCAAUAAAAAUUUCGAAAUUCUUAUUAAAAAUAACUCGCAAUCAGAAAAACCGAACGGAGUAAUGAAAAAUGACAACACGGAUAAAAAUUCAACAAAAACAGAGAAAGGAGUCCAAGGCAGGGCUGUGGGUGAUGGAAAAAAAGAUGGGACAAAAUUAAUGAGUGUAACUCUUAAGAACUCGCCUGCAAACGAAAGCACAUCUAAUGUCCAUAUUGAUAAAAUUCCCUUGACAAAGAAAUUCCACAAAAAUGAAUUCAGUGCCACAGUAUCAGCGCGCACUGAAGAUAUUGGUGUUCCCGGAGAGUCAGAAACAGAAACAACAUAUAAAGAUUUUAAAUCCAAUGGAAACAUCAGAAGAUUUAAGCCAGUGACUUCAGAAGAAGGAAAUAAGGACACAGAAAAGCUAUUUUAUGAUGAAUCUUAUUCCUCACCUAAAUCCCAUUCUAAUGUUGAACCAACUUAUUUAGACGCAGAAAUUGCAGUUUCUCGAAUUGCUGUAAAUGAAAAACCAGACAAUCACAAAACACAACGAAAUCAUAUACGCGAAAAGAACACCGAGCAAGCAAAAACAUCCCCUAUAAAAACUGAGAUGAAAGCCACCGACAAAACUGAACUGGAGAAGCCACGAGAAAAUUAUAGAUCAACAGGGACCAGAGAUCAACACAAGCCUAUUACCCUGGCGAUGGAAAUAAGCGUUGGUCCCGUUGCUAUUGGCAACGGCACAAGCAAGAAACUGCCGACAAAACUGCAAUAUUCUAGAGUGGUGCAACAUGAACUGCUUCCAGCUGCAGGAGGCCACAGCAAGAAGAAGUCUUUCAGCAAGAGCCUUGACGAGAAACUGGGCAGUAAAGGCCACAAAGGCCACACCAGCAAAAAAGGCCACAACGCUCAUAAAAAGGCCAAUAAAUCUAAAUUCGGCAAAGGCGGAUUUUUUGAAAAAGACGGAGAAUUUAGUAAGGGCAAAAAGUUUUACGAAGACUUUCAUGGUCACUACAAGAAGGCGGAAAAGGCAUCAAAAGGCUUUAAAAAAGGUUUCAAGAAGGAACACCGAAAAGGACACCGGGAUAAGACAUUCAGUGACAAGAAACAUCACAAGGCCUUCGGCUUCAAGAAGAAAUUCGACGACGAGAACGCCUACAAGAAACAUUUUUCUGAUCGCGGACUUAUUGAUGCUGGGAAAUCUUUCGGGGGCGGAAAAUCGUUCAAGUCUUUCAAGUUUUAAUAUCACGGCAGAAGUAAUAAGUGUUUUUAUAUAAUUAAUGUUAUCGUUAUAAAAAGAUAACAUUCAAUAAAAAUAUUCUUCAUCAAUAUCGAUCCAUUAAGAUUUAAGAUUGCCUGAGAAGUUCCAUGAAGUGAACCAAAAUACGACAGAUUCAUGGGCUUAAUUAUUUCAAUUAAUAGAACAGAAGAAGAAUUAUAAGUAAAUUUCCAUUGAAUUCCGUAGGAAAAUUUUCGACACUGUAUUUCGUCAUAGUUUAAUUAUGAUGAAUUUAAAAGGCUUCGUGAAUUUAAAUUUUGUUUAUGUUCAUAUAUUAAGAUCCUAUGUAGGUAGGUGUCGUUUGAUGUCCUUCAAUAUAGUUUAGACUUGAUAACACUACUAAAAAGGCGAUUUUUUAUGAAAGUAAGCAAAAUUAAUUAAAAAUUUAAUAUAAUUUUUAUGCACGAGACGAAGAUGUGAUGUGUAAAAUUACAUAUUUUCUGUAUAGAAGUAAUUUUUACUACGAGAUUUACAAAGUAUAAUAAUGAGAGUUAAUUCGAGAGUAUUUUAAACAAUUUUCUAGUGAAAUCAGUGCUAAUGA